AGACCGCGCACUGUAAUGGAAAACAAAUUUUGUGUUUUCUUACAUCAAAAAUGGGAGAAAUCAAUGUACAAAGCUUAGGAAACACAGAGAAGAACACGAGUGCAGUGGAACUAAAAACUCCGACAGAAGAAUUAGAUAUAGCGUUGAAAGAAUGUGGCUUCGGAUGGUUCCACGUAUUACUACUGCUGGCUUCCCUUAUCGGCUUCGUGGCCGGUCAGGGGGUGAGCAGUACCACACCAUACAUCCUGCCCGUCGCUGAAUGUGAUCUCAACAUGGAUUUGCUGCAGAAGGGAUUCUUAAAUGCUAUCCCAUUUAUAGGAAUGACAAUAUCUUCGAUAGUUGCUGGAUUUUUAACUGAUACUUUUGGUAGGAAAAUAUUUCUCGUCUAUGGAUUUGGUGGACUAUUUAUAUGUACAUUGAUGGCAGGAUCCAGUCAAACGUAUCUUUUAUUCGCAUCCGCGAAGUUUCUAGAAGGAGCAUUGUUCGGAAUUUCCUUCAACCCUCUGAUGAUUUUGACAUCAGAAUUCUGUCACAAUGGAAUCAGAGACCGCGUUGUGAUGUUUCAGUCGUCAUUCGCUGCGCUUGGACAAGUUAUAAUUGCUAUCAUUGCGUGGGUGAUUCUUUCAUUAAAUUGGAAAGUGACAUUUUUCGACGGUCAUUUUGUUCUUCACACUUGGAACUUCUACAUUUAUGUGAUGUCAAUGUGGGCUCUGCUCUCUUGUCUCUUCUACACAUUUCUACCUGAAAGUCCCAAGUACUACAUAAGUCAGGGGAAAUUCGACUCCGCAGGAGAUGUUUUGAUGAAAAUUCAUAAAACUAAUAUGAAAUCGGAUGCUACCUUAACGCACUCUGAGUUAUGGACAAGGAAGGAAGUAAAACGUGAGAGAAGCCAAUCUCUGAGAAGUGAUAAAGUUAGAAGUUUCAAGAAGAAUCUAGUCAUGGGCUUUUAUAAUCUGAAACCGAUGUUCCGACGACCUCUGCUUUAUUAUUUAAUACUUAUCUGCGCUAUGAAUUUCUUGACGAUGUUAUUAUUCAACGUUAUAAGACUGUGGUAUCCGCAGCUGUCAGCGAUUGUUGAGAGUUUCGGCAGCAACCAGCCGCGGCGAGACUUGUGUAUGAUGUUGGACACUUACACUGAAGAUAUUAAGUUAAAAAGCGUUAAUUUAACGGAUUUAUCAACAUGUGUACCGACUAUAAGUGGUAAAGAAACGUAUAUAAACAGUGUAAUUUUGGGCUGUGUGUCCUUAAUACCGUUGGUAUUGAGUGGUGUUCUUGUAAAUAAAGUUGGUAAGAAGAAUCUAUUCCUGGUUGCUGGACUGAUAUCGGUAGGAUGUACUCUCGGACUGAGAUGGACUAGUUCUAAAGGGACGAUGGUCGCUCUGUUCUCUUCAGACGUAGCUAUUACACAAGCAAUGAUGAGUUUGAAUCAAGCAUUUACUGUGGAACUGUUCCCUACAACUACUAGAACAUUAGCCAUAUCAAUGAUGAUGACAUUUGGGAGGAUCGGCACAUUGGUAGGUAACGUACUCUUUCCCGUAAUGCUCAACAUGGGAUGUGGAAUAUCGUUUUAUACGCUCGCGGGAUUGAUGAUAUGUGUCACUGCGUUGGCGUUAUUUUUACCGAAAAAGAAAUAAUAGCUUCAACUUUAUAACAACAGUGCUAAUAGGAGAAAUAAAUGUCCUCCAUUUGUUUAUUAUAAUUUAUAGCCUGUGGGAAAACGUAAUUUAUUUCAUAAACUACAUGUGACUUAACUAUAAUAUGACUAACUUUUUCAUAAUAUUAUACUAAAGGUAUCUCCCACCAAAUUGUAAAUUAUCUGAUAAUAAUCCAACAUCUAAAACGCGAUGGAUAUAUCGGAUUCUGUUACCUUAUCUGACAGUGACGUCAUUUUUAAGCUAUCUGAACCUCUAUCAGCCACUGGUGGGACAGA